AUGCGCGAGCUGCUGGAGGUGCCGCAGAGCAUCUCGGUCACCACGCGCUACCUGAACCUGCAGAAGAACCACAUCCAGAAUCUGCUGGAGGUGCCGCAGAGCAUCUCGGUCACCACGCGCUACCUGAACCUGCAGGAGAACCACAUCCAGGUGAUCCGCACCGACACCUUCAAGCACCUUCGCCACCUGGAGAUCCUCCAGCUCAGCCGCAACCUGGUGCGCAAGGUGGAGGUGGGCGCCUUCAACGGGCUGCCCAACCUCAACACGCUGGAGCUCUUCGACAACCGCCUGACCACGGUGCCCACGCAGGCCUUCGAGUACCUGUCCAAGCUCCGCGAGCUCUGGCUGAGGAACAACCCCAUCGAGAGCAUCCCCAGCUACGCCUUCAACCGCGUGCCCUCGCUGCGCCGCCUCGACCUGGGCGAGCUCAAGCGCCUCGAGUACAUCUCCGAGGCCGCCUUCGAGGGCCUGGUCAACCUGCGCUACCUCAACCUGGGCAUGUGCAACCUCAAGGAGAUCCCCAACCUGACGGCGCUGGUGAGGCUGGAGGAGCUGGAGCUGUCGGGGAACCGCCUGGGCCGGGUGCGGCCGGGCUCGUUCCAAGGCUUGGGCAGCCUGAGGAAGCUGUGGCUGAUGCACGCGCGGGUGGCGGCGGUGGAGCGCAACGCCUUCGACGACCUGAAGGCUCUGGAGGAGCUCAACCUGGCCCACAACGACCUGGCCUCGCUGCCCCACGACCUGUUCGCGCCGCUGCACCGGCUGGAGCGCGUGCACCUGCACCACAACCCCUGGCGCUGCGACUGCGACGUGCUGUGGCUCAGCUGGUGGCUGCGCGAGACCGUGCCCAGCAACACCAGCUGCUGCGCCCGCUGCCACGCGCCGCCCGCGCUGCGCGGCCGCUACCUGGGCGAGCUGGAGCCCGGCCACUUCACCUGCUACGCGCCCGUCAUCGUGGAGCCGCCGGCCGACCUCAACGUCACCGAGGGCAUGGCGGCCGAGCUCAAGUGCCGCACGGGCACGGCCAUGACCUCGGUCAACUGGCUGACGCCCAACGGGACGCUGAUGACGCACGGCUCGUACCGCGUGCGCAUCUCGGUGCUGCACGACGGCACGCUCAACUUCACCAACGUCACCGUGCAGGACACCGGCCAGUACACCUGCAUGGUCACCAACGCCGCCGGCAACACCACGGCCACCGCCACGCUCAACGUCUCGGCCGCCGACGCCGCCGCGGCCGCGGCGGCGGCGGCGGCGGCCACCGGUUACACCUACUUCACCACGGUCACCGUGGAGACCACCGAGGGCGCCGGCGGCGACGACCAAGCCCCGCAAACCCCCGCGGCGCCCACGGCGGCCGGUUGGGACCCGGCCGGCGCCUCCACGGCCGCCCCGGCCACGCGCGCCACCGGCAAACCCUUCACCGUGCCCAUCACGGCGGCGGCGGCCGGCGCGGCGGCCGGAGGAGGUCUCCAAGAUUUGGACGACGUCUUGAAGACCACCAAGAUCAUCAUCGGCUGCUUCGUGGCCAUCACCUUCAUGGCCGCCGUCAUGCUGGUGGCCUUCUACAAGCUCCGCAAGCAGCACCAGCGCCACAAGCACCGCGGCGGCCCCGCGCGCGCCGUCGAGAUCGUCAACGUCGAGGACGAGCUGGCCGGGGGUCCCGCCGGCGGCGGCGGAGGCGGCGGCGGCCCCGGCGGAGGCGGCGCCGGGACGGGCGGGGACAACCGGCUGGCGUUGCCGGCGUUGGAGAGGGAGCACCUGGACAGGUACGCGGCGUUGGCCGCCCACUACGGGGGCCCGGCGGCGGCGCUGGGCUGCGGGAAGACGCCGCUGCUCAACUCGGUGCACGAGCCGCUGCUCUUCAAGAGCCCCUCCAAGGAGAACGUGCAGGAGACGCAGAUCUGAGAUUUUGGGGA